AUGGUCACUUCACACCAUUCGGCCUCGGAUGUCGGCCAAUAUCAGGAUCAUCCAGAUGCACCCUUGCCGAUCCGGGUGGAGCAGUCGGGAUCUGUGUCAUCGGAGCAGGGAUCGUCUUCAACGCAAACAAUAACUCAAGCCGGGUACGAACAUGACUACAAUUGUGAAAGUGGCAGUGAAGCCGAUACCGAACCGGCAUUGGCUCAAUCAGAACCUCGUCCUAUCGACGACGAUGAUGACGAUAUCAUCGCUUUGGCAGCUUCACGACCCCGCCAUAAAUGGCAGGUAUGGUGGUUGCGCAAUAAGGGUAUGGGACUUGUCCUACUGGCACAGGCUUUCGCUGCCUCGAUGAAUGUCAUGACGCAAGUUUUGGAGAUUCAUAGUUCUAUGCAUCCUUUCCAGAUCCUCUUCGCCCGCAUGUCCAUUACCGCAAUCGCAAGCUAUCUAUACAUGUACAUCGCCUCAACCCCUUCCCCACUAGGCACUCGCCCAGUCCGCGGUCUUCUCCUCCUCCGCGCCAUCUUCGGCUUCACAGGUGUCUACGGCCUCUACUACUCCGUUCAAUACCUCCCCCUCUCCGAAGCCACUGUAAUCACCUUCCUCUCCCCAAUCAUCUCCUGCUACGCCUGCUCCCUCCUCAUCCCCGGCGAGACCUUUUCCCGGAAACAGCUCUUCGCAGGCCUGAUCUCCCUCGGCGGCGUCGUGCUCAUUGCCCGUCCCUUCAGCGUGCGCGCCUCACAUAGGGCGAUCGCUACCCCAACCGCUGCGGCAGCAUGGGCCCUCGGCCUGUCCGCUACGGAUGUCGAAAAACCUCCUUCUGAGACAGACUCCUACCAUCAUGUCAUGGCGACUAUUGUCGCCUUUGUGGGUGUGCUCGGUGCUUCGGGCGCAUACACUUCUAUUCGUAUGAUCGGUCGUCGUGCGCAUCCGUUGGUCUCGGUUACGUACUUCUCAUCUGUGACUACGGUUAUUUCUCUCGUUGCGAUGCUCGUUGUGCCUUCAGUACCAUUCCGGAUUCCUAAUACGGUUGUGGAGUGGACCUUGUUGACGGGAUUGGGUGUCUGUGGAUUCUUGUUGCAGUUUUUGUUGACGGCGGGAUUAUCGUAUGUCCCCCCUAUGUCUGUUUCGGAUGGGAAACCUAUGGCACAGGGGGCACGUGCCACCUCGAUGGUUUAUAUGCAGAUGCUCUUUGCGGUGUUUUAUGAUAAAAUUGUUUGGGGAAGUACACUUAGUCCCAUCAGUUGGAUUGGAUCUGGGAUUAUUUUGGUUUGUGCAGUUUAUGUUGCUUUUGCACAUGAGAGUCCUAGGAAUGUUGGGAAUGGAGAAUAUCGUGAUGUUGGGUAUAAAGACGCCACUGACGAAGAGAGGGGGAAUUGA